CAACUUCUCAUGCAAGUGAUCUUCAACAUAAGAGAGAAGUGCAUAAGGGGUCCUACUUUUUCUUGUCACACUAAAAUAUUGCUCAUAGGAUAAGGUGGAACAUCAGUUAGCUGCUACUCAGUUGAGAUAAUUGUGGCAGAAUUAACUGUCUAGCACUGUAACUAUGAUGCUUAUGCAUUUUAACUGCUCAAAAGAUUCCAGCCAAUAUUAUUUAACAUUUUUCAUUCAUUCUCAAAAAAGACACAAUGAUUCUCAUUCCAGAUUAUAAAAUGAAGCGAAUGAGGUUGAGAGAUAAAGGUUUUCUCAUGCAUUGUACUAAAUAGUAUCUAAGAACUAUAACCUUAGAUAGACCACAAUUAUAUGUUUUUACUGUUCUAAUAUAGCGCAUAUCCUAUGUAAGAUCAUACUACGUACUUUUGACAUUAAUAUUGAAAUCUGAAAUAUAUGCAGAAAGUCUUUACUUUAAUAGUUGUGGACUAUCUAAGGUUAUAGUCCAACACACCUUGGACAGGAGCACAUUGAGGAAGCCUUUCUUAAGACAAAAUACACAGUGCUAUAGGAAAUGUUUAGAAAAUCACUAGCAUUUGACAUAAUGGCUCUUGAGCCAUUAUGUACCACUGUAUAGAACCAAAUGGACAGAGAUGGGAUAAUAUGUAAAAAAAAAUAAUGAAAAAUUGGUCUCUUGAAUAAUAGGAAACUUGAACAAGAAAAAUAUUUUACUGUUUGAAUUCUUUACAGUGGAUUACUUAUUCUGCACAAAAUCCACAAGAUAGCUAAACGUAUGUUAACAAAAUCCUCUUACAGAUGGAGUCCCAACAUGAGAUGGUGAAUGAAACGACUGUCACUGAAUUUAUACUCCUAGGACUCUCCAGCCAACCAGCGGUGCAAUUCUCUCUCUUUGGUCUCUUUCUCGUCAUUUAUUUCGUAACCUUGAUUGGGAACAUUUUUAUCCUGCUUGUGAUCAGCUUGGACAAAAGACUUCACAAUCCCAUGUAUUUUUUCCUUUUCAAUCUCUCUGUGGUGGAUAUUGGAUACACAACGUCUACUGUCCCCAAGAUGCUUCUGAAUUAUCUUUCCCAAGAAAAGACAAUUUCCCUAGCAGGUUGCUUCACCCAAAUGUAUUUCUUCAUCUCCUUUGGUGGGAUUGAGUGCCUCCUACUAGGUGUCAUGGCAUAUGAUCGGUAUGCAGCUAUUUGUCACCCGCUACACUAUAAUGUGCUGAUGCGUCCAAAAGUGUGUGCCUCUCUUGCAGCAACUGCUUGGAUUCUUGGCUUGUCUAACUCAGGGGUACACUCUGGCUUGAUGUCUCAUCUGUCUUUCUGUCGGGAUAAUGUCAUUCAGCACUUUUUCUGUGACAUCCCACCUCUGUUCCAACUCUCCUGCUCAGACACUCAGGUCAACCAAAUUGUUACUUUUGUAGUGGGCGGAAGUGUGAUCAUGGGUCCAUUUCUGGUUAUCCUGGUGUCUUAUGUCUAUAUAGUUGUAGCUAUCCUUAUGAUCCGCACAAAAGAAGGGAGGCUGAAGGCAUUCUCUACCUGUGCUUCUCACCUGACCGUAGUGAACAUAUAUUACGGAACUAUCAUCUUCACAUACAUACGUCCAAACUCCAGCUACUCCCAGGAACAGGACCGGAUCUUGCCUGUUUUCUAUGGCAUCCUAACACCUAUGCUUAAUCCAAUCAUAUAUAGCUUGAGGAACAAGGAUGUGCAAAAAGUAUUCAAGAAAGUAAUGCAGGGAAAAUAGCAGGGGAAAGGAUUCAGUUUCCAAAGUUGAAAUGACUAUUGACUGGGUAUGAUCCAGCCAUAAUUAACCAUGUCUAUGUCCCUUUGAUUUCAGGAUAGUAAUGGACAAUGUUAUGGAACCCUGGUGGCGAAGUGCGUUAAAGCACUGAGCUGGAGACCGAAAGGUCCCAGGUUCAAACCCCGGGAGCGGCGUGAGUGGCUGCUGUUAGCUCCAGCUCCUGCCAACCUAGCAGUUCGAAAACAUGCCAAUGUGAGUAGAUCAAUAGGUACCGCUCCGGCGGGAAGGUAACGGCGCUCCAUGCAGUUAUGCCGGCCACAUGACCUUGGAGGUGUCUAUGGACAACGCCAGCUCUUCAGCUUAGAAAUGGAGAUGACCACCACACCCCAGAGUCAGACAUGACUGGACUUAGCAUCAGGGGAAACCUUUACCUUUUAAUGGACAAUGUGUUGUGAUGUGUCCUAUUAACAUCAGUGAGGAUUUAAUGUGAUUAACUUCAUUAUGCAUUUAAUAUACUUUGAAUAUACUUCCAAAAUGUCCAUGUUCUAGAAAAAAAUAA